CCCUCCUCCACCUGCCCCUACUACUAUUACUAUUACUAAGAAGAAGAAUGUAAACAUUGGCCACCAACGUGAUUCCAUUCUCUUCUGCGGCUACAAAUUUCGUUCGUUUUUUCGGUUUCCGAUAAGAUAACAGCAAAUUUGAAAUGGUAGCUAAAAUGCCAAAGGUUAAUAGCACAAUGAAAAAGAUGCCUCACAUGAGAACAAUGACUAAAACAACAUUAAAAAAGAAAAAAAUUAAAGUUGUUGGUGGUCCCAAGGAAACCUCACUCAAAGUUGUAAAAAAGAAGAAAAUGAAAAAUCUCAAGAAGAAGGCCAUAACUGAUGGGACUGUAGUGAAAAGUGUCAAGGCCAAACUUAAGGGCAAGAAACUGAAAGGAAAGAAAAAGAAACCCAACAUAAAAACUGGUCUAUCUUCAGCAAUUCUCAAUGAAGAUCUGAUGAGUUCUUGCCCUGCAGCUAAAGAAGGAAGCUCAGCGGAUAGUUUGAAAACAUCAGGAGACAAAAAGAGGGAGAACACAUCAGAAGUGAAACCUGCGGAGAGUGAAGCAAGUAAGGUGGAGAUUUCGGUUCCAGCUGAAAAGUGUGUUGUUCAUCAGCUGCCAGACUUUUCCAUGGAAAAUUUGACAAAGUUGAAAACAAACAAUGAAAAUUUGAAAAAGUUGAAAAAAAGCAAUGGUAAGGACUGUAAGAUAAAUCCUGAGAAGAAAAAGAAGAAAGGAAAGAAAAUCAUCAGAAAAAAGAAGCUGAUUUCUGCAAAGGGUUUGUCUGUUCUUCAAGGAGCACACACAGGAGAUGGUGAAGUUAAUAGUGGCAGCAACGUGCAAGAACAUAUUCCUUUGAAGGCAGAUAAAUUAGGAGAAAGUACUGCUGUCAAGAAUGUGGAAACAAAAAAGAAGAAGAAAAUUCAAGGAUCUAAGAUAAAGGCUCAAGGAAAUAAAAAGAAUGGAUUAAAGAAAACUGGACAGGCAGGAAUCAAGAAAAAAACAAAAAAGAACCUUAAGGAAAGAGCUAAAGGAACUAACAUGGACUCGGAGGAACACCAGAAUAAUCAAGAGCCUUGUGAAAGCCCUGCAGAUGCUGAGGAUGGUCACGAGGAGGGAACUUCUACUUCACAAAAAACAGCAGAACAGACCUUUGAGGAGUUGCCUCCACUGAGUUUCAUUAUAGACACAGAAAAGGAUAAGAAGGGGAAUAGUGACGGCAGCAAACAAAAAGUGCUAUUAAGUAUACCACCUUUGAUGCUGUGUACUUUGAUAAACUAAAACAUAAAGAAAGAGAACUUGCUGGAGAUCUCUUUGCAGGCAUCAGAGCAGAGGAAGAAGAAGGCGAAGAUGAAAAAGUAGAAGAACCUGUUUUGCCAUCUGUUCCAGAGGAAGGUAAUUCAAGGAAAAGGAAUUACGACUCAAAUAUCCCUGAUGAUCCAUUUGACAUACUUGAAAUGGAGGUGUCUCCUCCAAAGAAGAAACCGGCCUGGGUUGAUGAGGAUGAUGAAAAUGUUAAG